AUGAGCGAGCCAUCCGACGACCGUCUGAACCAGUUGCGCGAGGCGGAUCGCGAGCGGUACCUGUCGGUGCUGUUCGCGCCCGAGGACAGGCGCGCGGCGCUGGCGACUUUGUUCCUGUUCAAUGCGGAGACGGCGCGGUUGCGCGAUCUGGUCUCCGAACCGAUGCCGGGCGAAAUCCGGCUGCAAUGGUGGCGCGAGGUGAUCGGCGGCGAGCGCGCCGAGGAAGCGCGGCAGAACCCGCUGGCCGCAGCGCUGCUCGAUGCGAUCGUCGCCCACGAUCUGCCGGCGUCCGCGUUCGACAAUCUGCUCGAAGCGCGGAUUUUCGAUCUUUAUGACGAUCCCAUGCCGACGCGCACCGACCUUGAGGGCUAUCUGGGUGAGACGGCCUCCAUGCUGAUCCAGAUGGCCUGUCAGAUCGUCAAUGGCGGGAAGACCCCGCCGACGGCGGACGCGGCCGGCCAUGCGGGCGUUGCCUACGGGAUCGCCACGCUGAUCCGGCAGAUGCCGCAGCACCGGGCGCGCGGACAGGUGUUCCUGCCCGCCGAUCUGCUGGCCGCGGCGGGCACCGAUGCCGGCCACUGGCUGGCCGAGGACGACGAUGCGGCCUUUGCCACCGCGAUCACCGCCUUUGUCGCGCUCGGGCGCGAGCAUCUGGCCAAGGCGCGCGAAGCGCUUGCGGACGUGCCCAAGGGCCUGCGCGCGCCGUUCGCCGUGCUGGGCGUUGCCGAUGCGGUGUUCGCCAAGGCGGCAAAGGCGGGUGGAUCGGCCCGCGCCGAGCCCGUGCGCCUUUCGCCCGUCACCGUGCAAUGGCGGAUGACGCGGCAGGCGCUCGGCUUCUGA